AUGCGUGAAGGCCUUUACCUGAAGACGAAGCACGGUGAGUCCACGGUCGGUGAUCACUUUGAUCCAUCCCCGUUACUUCUUGAUUGGAUAGCGGAGGCGUGGGAUCAAGUCCCUAGGCAGGUGAUCAUUGACGCGUUCCGCCACUGCGGCAUCUCAAGAAAGCUGGAUGGGACCGAGAACCAUCUGGUGAUGUCCCACCUGCGCACGAGGAACACCACCGAUGUCACCGAAGACAUGUGCCUCGGGGGCACCACGGGCGACAACAUGCGUCUGCUUGGGAAGGCUCCCGAGGAGGAGGAGGAGGAGGAGGAGGAGGAGAUGCAGGCGGAGGGCGUGAGGGAGGUGGCCGUGGCCACCGGCCUGGAGGUGCUGUGCCAGGAGACCCCCCACUACCGGGGAGCGGCGGCCGAGGCUGACCGCAUGAUCGAGCCCGUGCAGACGGCCAGGCAUGCCUGGCGAGUGCCAGACUUGGGGAUGCAGGAGCCAGCAUCUGCUAGUGCAGAUGAGGAGGGCGUAACCGAGGGGGGCUAG